AUGGGGAAGCUCAAGAAAGACAUUAUUCGUUUAGAGAAAGAAAAAGUCAUUCGAGUUGCCAAGGACGACCUCAUCAAUAACAUCUCAAGCAUCUUCGAUUGGGAUGAGGAGUUCGAAAAGCUAUCCAAGAGGGUCGAGUACACAAUUCGGGCUUGGCAUUUGUUAGAAUUUGAGGAUAUGAUGUAUAUCUACACCCUAUUUGAUCCUGUCAACGGAUCCAAGAAAUUGAAAAAAGAUGGACAUACUUUAACUUCAGAAGAAAUUGGUGAUCUUGAACAAAGGUUUCUCACAUACUUGUUUCAGGUGAUGGACAAGAGUCAUUUUAAGAUUGCAGAUAAUGAAGAAAUUGAGGUUGCGACUUCAGGGCAGUAUCUUCUACAUCUUCCCAUCGUGGUUGAUGAUUCCAAGCUUGACAACAAACUUUUGAAGAAAUAUUUUGAAGAUCAUCCUACCGAAAACAUUCCAGAUUUUUCUGAUAAGUAUGUCAUCUUCCGACGCGGCAUUGGACUUGAUAAGAAAACUGAUUGGUUUUUCAUGGAGAAGGUGGACAUUAUCAUUGCACGUAUUUGGAAAUAUUUGUUACGAAUAACCACGUUAGACAAAGUUUUCAAUAAAAAUACACCUGCAUCACCUAAGAAGAGUAUGACUAACUUUCCAGAGUCAGAAUCUGAGACAGAUGAGGAUGACUUCUUUGUUGAACGAAUCCGUCUUGACAGCAUGCAAUUAAGCAUUCAAAAUUUGCUUUCUAUGAACACAAUCCAGGAGCCUACUUUUGAUAGGAUUAUCGUUGUUUACAGGCAAGCAACUACCGAUAAGGAUCAUCCAGAACGGGGAAUACAUAUAAAACAUUUCAAAAAUAUCCCAAUGGCUGAUUUGGAGAUAGUUCUUCCUGAAAAAAAGAACCCAGGUUUAACACCAAUGGACUGGCUUUCAUUCAUAGGCUCUGCUGUAGUUGGUCUGGUUGCUGUUGUUACUUCGAUUGAAACGACUAAAGUCGAUCUUUGGGUUGUUUUUGCAAUUCUUUCCACUGUGAUUGGUUACUGUGCUAAGACAUAUUUCAGUUUUCAGCAGAACUUAGCUGAUUAUCAGAAUUUGAUAACACAAUCCAUGUACGAAAAACAACUAGAUAGCGGAAGGGGAACUCUUCUUCACUUGUGUGAUGACGUGAUUCAACAGGAAGUCAAGGAAGUAUUAAUAUGUUACCAUGUGUUAACUCAAAUAGGGGAAUCUACAUUACCAGAUCUGGAUGACAAUUGUGAGCGGCUGAUAAAAGAAUGGUAUGACGACGUAAUCAAUUUUGAUGUGGACGAUGCUAUUAAGAAGCUAGAGAAAUUGGAAAUUGUUACUAAGGAUAGCGAGGGACUGUAUAGCGCUGUUGGGCUGGAACGUGCCAACGAGAUCAUUGGCACCACCACUGAGGAGGUUGUCCUGAGCGCCAAGUCUAAAGAAAUCAGAGCUGAAGGUGAAGCUUAUGGUGCUGCUACGGGUGAAGGUAUUGCUGAUAAGCUUGAUGCUAUUAUUAAACCUACAGGAUUGGAAUCCGAUUACAGUCCUAAUUUAGGAGUCAAAGCCAAUAACAAUCCUGGAGAACACACCGGCUGUCCUAGCACACAUACAAACAAUGAUGUGGACCAUGAGACAAGGCACUCCACCACCUAUGAGUCACCGGAACAGACUGAAGCCACUGAGGCUAUCCUGCACUCUAGCCACAAACCUGCUUGUGCCUAUUCUGCCGAGAAGCAUGCUAGCACACAAACAAACAGUGAUGUGGAUCAUGAGACAAGGCAUUCCACCACCUCUGGGUCACCAAAAAUGACUAAAUCCGCUGAGGCUAUUUUGCACUCUCCCCUAAAUCCUGAUACUGCUGGUGCCUACUCUGCCCAAAAGCAUGCUAGCACACAAAGAAACAGUGAUGUGGAUCAUGAGACAAGGCACUCCGCCACCUCUGAGUCACCAAAACAUACUAAAGCCACUGAGGCUAUUUUGCACUCGGCCCCCAAGCCUGCUACUUCUAAUUCUAGUGCCUGCUCUGCCCAAAAGCAUGCUAGCACACAAAGAAACAGUGAUGUGGAUCAUGAGACAAGACACUCCACCACCUCUGAAUCACCAGAACAAACUACAGCCACUGAGGCUGUUCUGCACUCUGCCCCCAAGCCUGCUAGCACACAUGCAAACAGUGAUGUUGACCAUGAGGCAAGGCAUUCCAUCACUUAUGAGUCACCAGAACAGACUAAAGCCACCGAGACUGUCCUGCACUCUGCCCCCAAGCCUGCUACUGCCUAUUCAGGUGCCUACUCUACCCAAAAGCAUGCUAGCAAACAUACAAACAAUGAUGUGGAACAUGAGACAAGGCACUACACCACCUCUGAGUCACCAGAACAGACGGAAGCCAUUGAGGCUAUUCUGCACUCUACCCCUAAGCCUGCUACUGCCUACUCUGCCCAAAAGCAUGCUAGCACACAAAUAAACUGUGAUGUGGAUCAUGAGACAAGGCACUCCACCACCUCUGAGUCACCAGAACAGACUGAAGCCAUUGAGGCUAUUCUGCACUCUGCCCCUAAGCCUGCUACUGCUUACUCUGGUGCCUACUCUGCCCAAAAGCAUGCUAUCCCACAAAUAAACCGUGAUGCAUCUGAGUCACCAGAACAGACUAAAUCCACUGAGGCUAUUCUGCACUCUGCCCCCAAGCCUGCUACUGCCUAUUCUGGUGCCUACUCUGCCCACGAGCAUGCCAGCACACAUACAAACAAUGAUGUGGACCUUGAGACAAGACACUCCAGCACAUCUGAGUCACCAGAACAGACUAAAGCCACUGAGGCUAUUCUGGACUCUGCCCACAAGCCUGCUAAUGCCUAUUCUGGUGCAAAUAUAUCAAGACAAGGACCAUGA